AGCAAGUGAUUUGAGGGUUUGUGAAAGUGGAAAAUAGACUCUGUAGAAUGUAGAAAGAUUUAAGCGAUUGUUGUAAUAUAUGAAGAGAAACCUGCUUUAAAAAGUGACCUUGCUAACCUGUCCCUCCCUUAACCCGGCCACUCUUUUACCGGAGACAGAGUAGCAGGAGCACGACUGCUUGGAGAUAAUAGAUGCCCAAUACUCCAGCCGUCCAGACUUAAAGGAUCAACCGCUCCUUAAUGCGGAUUGUGAGUGGUACACUGAUGGUAGUAGUGUUGUGGUAGCCCGCCCUCCUUUUGCCCGUCUACGCUGUUGUGACCCUCCACGAUACCGUGGAAGCCAAGGGUUUGCCUGCUGGGACAUCUGCCCAGCUUGCUGAACUGGUAGCCCUGACGAGUGCGCUCGAACUGUCAGAGGGAAAACGGGUCAACAUCUUUACCGACUCCAGAUAUGCUUUUGGAGUACUACAUGCUCAUGCUGGUCUGUGGAAACAGAGGGGCAUGCUGACAGCCCAAGGCUGCCCGGUCAAGCAUGGGGCCCACAUUCUUCGGCUCCUGGAAGCAGUGCAACUCCCCUCGGCAGUGGCGGUGGUACACUGCAAGGCUCAUCAGAGGGACGACCAAGACGUGGCAAAGGGAAAUGCCCGGGCAGACAGGGAAGCCAAGCGUGCUGCCACCCUGCAACCACUGGAAGCAGAGAACUCCUAUAUGCAGGCCCUCAUCCCAUCCGUGGGGGAGCUCCCAACCCGUCAGUACUCACCUGAAGAAAGAAACCUGGCCACCAAGCUCAGGCUCCGGGAAAAGGAGGGAUGGCUCCACUCCACAGAAGGAAAGAUCCUUCUAUCGAAGGACCUAAUCCGACCAGUGCUGCAGAGACUACAUCAAACCACUCACGCCGGCAAAGAGGCUCUAACCCAGCUUAUGAAUAAAUACUUCUUAACCUCUAGACUUUGGCCCCUAGCAUCUCAGAUACAGGCCAACUGUAUGGUCUGUCAAAAGAACAACCCUCGACCAGGAUUUUCAGUACCACCAGCUACUCUGGAACCCACCCCAGGCCCGGGAUUGGUUUGGCAGAUAGAUUUCACUGAGCUCCCAUGGACUCAAGGGUUCAAAUACCUCCUCGUCCUGGUAGAUCGAUUUAGCGGGUGGCCUGAAGCCUUCCCGUGCUGUAACUGUACAGCCAAGACUGUGGCUCUCAAGUUUGUCAAGGAACUCAUCUCCCGCUUCGGGCUGUCCCAGUGGAUGGAAUCUGACAACGGAACCCAUUUUACAUCCAAGGUUGUCCACCACAUACAGCUGCCCUACAAAUCCUGUGGAAGCUCCACACGCCAUGAUGACUGCAGGCCAGUGGAGCGGUGGAACGCACAAAUCAGACCCUUAAGCAUCACCUCUCGAAAAUCUGUCAAGAAGCCUCCCUAUGGUGGCCUGAUGCUUUGCCCAUUGUUUUGCUCCGCAUCCGCGCUCUCCCAAAGGGUAGAUUAGGGCUUAGCCCCUUCGAAAUUAUGUUUGGAAGGGCAUGGCCUAUGAAUGGGACACCGGCUCUGGCAGGGGAGUGGGAACUGGGAUGCGGCUUUUUAUCUCAGUAUAUGUGCUCUCUGUCUGCUGCUCUCUCUUCUCUUCACAGGUACACCAAAGACUCACAGCCUCUUCCGCUGGAUGCCCCUGUCCACUGCUCACAGCCGGGAGACUCCGUGCUCGUUCAUACUUGGAAGGACGAGCCUCUCUGGGAGAAGUGGAAGGGACCCCACACCGUCCUGCUGGUUUCCCACACAGCAGCAAAGGUUGAGGGACACAAAAACUGGAUUCAUCAGUCGCGUCUGAAAGCAGUGCCCACACUGCCGCCAGCAGAACAGUGGACCAUCCAGCCCGCCAGAGCAUCAUCCACUGACACUCUGGGACUUAAGUUGUUGUUUAAAAAGCGCUGAAGGGUUGGGGGUUCUGUUGGGAACAUAGCUGCCCUGUCCAGUAGACUCACCAUGGGUUCUAAUGCAGAGUUUGCCCUACUAAUACUUUUGGCCACAGGUGCCAGUCUCUUGUUGUCUCCUGUGUUGCUCUCCACGCAUACAGGAUGGAGAAAGGCCUCUGCAAACUUAGCUACUAACACAUAUGAAGCGCACUUAAUCAGCUUUUGUCCUCAGAAUAUGAGAAAACUCAGACGAAAGUGUGUUGAGUAUUCUCAAAGGAGGGAGCUGUUGGGGUCACUGGGCAUGAUCCUAGGUAACUCGGAGGAGUGGAAGAUCACAAGAAUCGAUGAAGCCCCCCUGCUCUAGGCCCAAGCACCCUAAA